UGCAUGCACAAGUUUAUGGAGAAUGAACUCAGCCUUACAACAUUGCAUUCAUGUCAGCCAUGGCUUGUUCAUCAACAAAAUGAGGGAGGUGUUCCCCGCUAGUAUUUCUUAGCGCAAGGCUGUCACCCCGCAAAUUUCAUCACAGCCUUCUUCACCUCCUCAACAUUCAGUACUUCAUUUCACUCCAUGAAUCACCUUCGCCCACUUUGCAGGUUCACGAACUCUUUUCUAAAACCGCGAUUAAACUCCGCAGCAUCACUGAGUAUUCACAGUCACAGACUCAAUAUGUCUACAGCUACCAAUGGUGUCCUCGAAGCUGGGCAAGGGGAUAAGCCCCGUUAUGUAGAUAUAGGUAUAAAUCUUACCGAUCCCGUCUACUCUGGAAUCUACUAUGAUACACAACGUCAUCCAGCCGAUCUGCCCUCUGUUAUCUCACGAGCUCUUACUGCAGGGUGUCAGAAACUUAUCGUUACUGGAUCCGAUUUAGAAGAGUCUAGAAAGGCUGUUGAACUAUCUAAGGAACAUUCCGGGGUACUCUUCGCAACCGUUGGCGUCCACCCCUGUUCCUGUCUCCAAUUCACGAAAGCCCCAAAUACUCCGGAUAAAUACCUUCAAGAACUCGAGUCGUUGGCAUUAGAAGCGAAAAAUACAAAUCACUGCGUAGCAUUUGGAGAGUUCGGCCUUGACUACGAUCGUCUGACUCUAUGCCCAAAAGAUGUCCAGUUAGAAUACUUUGAAAAGCAACUCGAUAUAGCGACUCGCCUACAUCUACCACUCUUUCUUCAUUCGCGCGCUGCUCAUGAAGAUUUUGUACGAAUCUUAAAGGCCAGAUUAGAAGAGUUGCCAAAGAGAGGAGUGGUUCAUAGUUUCACUGGAACAAAAGAGGAAAUGGAGGAACUGGUCGCUUUGGGAUUUGAUAUCGGGGUGAAUGGUUGUUCAUUGAAAACAGAAGAGAACUUGGAAGUGGUGAAAGCAAUACCUAUGGAGAGACUUCAAAUUGAGACUGAUGGACCUUGGUGUGAGAUCAGACCUAGUCAUGCAAGUUCGAAAUGGUUGAAGGGGUUCGAGGAAGGGAAAGAAGGGGAAGGAAUGAGCGAGGGCGAAAAAUCUAUCGAGGGCGGGAAGGGUUGGAAGAGUGUGAAGAAGGAGAAAUGGGUAGACGGGGUAAUGAUUAAAGGUAGAAAUGAACCUUGUAUGAUUGGUCGGGUAGCGUGGGUCGUUGCAGGAGUCAAAGGGGUGAAUGUGAAAGAAUUGAGGGAGGCGGCAUGGAAGAAUAGCUGCAAGAUGUUCGACUUGGGAGCGUGA